AUGUGGUCGAAGAGCAUCUCACUCGUCAUUCCACUGGUAAUGAUUCUGCAGAUUCACGGAGCAGACUCAUGUACCUUCGUAGAUCAGGAGGACGAUUUUGUGGCAGAUGUCGUUUAUGAGAUGCUGAAGGAAACCAAAGAUCUUUGUCUUGUCACGUGUUAUGAAGAAGGAGACUGCACUUUUGUAAAGUAUUUUGAGGGUGUUUGCACCAUCUUUGGAAACGGUGAAACUCAUCAGGCUGGUGGCGACAACGUUUACAAGCUUGAUUGCCAGCUCACACUAACAACAUGUCGACGCUUACCACUUGCAUCAGAAUUGAAAUUCCAGAAGCUUCAGGAACCAAAGUCGAAACAAAGCAAAACUAGGAUCAGGGAACUGCUCGCAAAGAACAUCGUUUCUUUGACAACUUUAUAUAUGUUCAAGAAAAAUGGUGCCUUUUUUUUCUCUAAGAGUGAAUCAGCAUUUACCGAUGGAACGGUACCCAGACGCGGCCUGGUCUUCGCCAAGAAUCCACAGCCAGAGUGUGUUUCAGUACCCGUAUUCUUGAAAGCAAAAGCAGGACUGCAAUUUGGUUACUCAGGUCAGCACAAGCUAUACUUCGGGAGCGUCUACAAUGUUACCGGUUACGAAUUUCUGGAUGCGUAUGCGUUCACCACCUACUGCGCUUGCGAUGGAAUUUGCUGUGGACAAGUGCCAUUGACGAAAAACACUAUAGGAGAUGCUAACGAUUACGUACAAGGCCUUCAACCAGAUAUCAGCGAUGUGGAACAAGUACUUUACAUUGCUAACGUGUUGAGAGGAGAAGAUAACAUACCAUGGCAAUCUGCGAACAGUACCGUUUGCCUUGACCUAUACUGA